GAUGUGAUCGUUGUCUGAUGAUCGAAUUCGAAGAAAUUCAGCUAGGAUGGUCGGCAAAAUGUUCCCGAGAAAUCGGAAAGAAACACGUUCCCUGUGCCUGAAUAACUACGAUGCACGCGGGAAAUGACAGAGAUGAUCGUGAAUUUCUAAAUAGGAUGAAAAUCCGAAAAAGGAGGCAAAGUUGCGACGGGGCGAAGCACGUCGGCCGAACCAUCAGAUACUGAUCGCGAGGACGCGUUGUGCCAGUCUUUGACGUUUGCCGCGAUGAUUUGCAAAGCAUUGUGGAAAAGACAAGAACGAAGAAAAAGAAGGAGAGAUAGAAGAAAGAGGAGGGGAUGGAAGAGAGAGGGCGAGCGUGUGGAAGAAGGAGGAAGGUAAGUUAGACGGGACUACGAGAGGGAGAUUGGUGAAGAAAGAGGAGCGGUAGAGGAUGGAUGAGGAGAAGCUUUCCGGUUGAAGGGGUAAGCGGGAGAGUACCGUAUGGCGGUACGUGUGGGGAAACGAAAAGCUUGGGGUAGAGUUGUGGUAAGGUGGCUGCGAGAAUGGGGUGGCGGCGGAGAACACGAAACUGGCAGCAAAGAGGACGAGGAGCUACAGAAGGAGAAUGUGGUGAUAGAGCUGGUGGUGACUGCGAUAAUAGUGCCGGUAGUGGUGAUGGUUAUGGUUAUGGUUAUGGUGGUGACGGAGGCGAUGGCGAUGGCGAUGGUGAUGGCGAUGGUGAUGGCAAUGGCAAUGGCGAUUGCAAAGGAGAUAGCGAUGGCGACGGCGGAGGUGGCGGUGAUGGUGGCUUUGGUGGCAAUGAUGGAGGUGGCGACGGAGAAAGAGAAGGAGAAGGUGAUAGAGAAAGAGGAGGUAGGUAGAUAGGAGGUAGGUAGGGGCUAGUCUAUGGUAGCGGGUGCAUCAUGGUUCGGCCCCUACAUACGAAUAUGUAAGAUACUACAUACACAAGAGAACAGGCGUCAAGAGUGUA